ACUAUUUAGUUACGUUCCAAAUCUAACGGAGAUAUGAUAUGAUAUGUAAUUCAUCAGCGUUGUACAUAAAAAUUUUUAAAAUGCAUAAUGUUGAUGUACAUUUAGACGCGUGUUAUCGAGAUACGAAUUACCCGUGCCGGGAAACGAGGAUUCUUGGUAGCACGUACAAACAAUGUGAGACAAUAAUGUAGAGGAAACGUCUUGUUACAUAUGUAUGUAAACAUUACGCAAUAAGCGGUUUCCAGGGGAAACGUAUCUGACGGGACACCGCGUUAGUUGCAAAUUGAGUCGUGUUCGUGAUAUUACAGUUUGGGACGACGAUCCAGGUUUCGUUGCGAGUGUUAUUGGAUCUUUGAGUGCGCAAACAGUGACCGUGUCUUAUCACGGCUGGAGAUUUUGCUCGUGAAAUGUCAAAAUGGCGUCUUCACAGGACGCUUGGUAUCUAUCGCUGUUAGGACUAGCAGAAAACUUUCGAACCUCGAGUCCACCGAACAUUAAGUCGUGCAUACAGUGUUUGCAAGCGGUUUUCAAUUUUAAGCCGCCUCCAAGGGUCGAGGCACGCACCCACCUUCAACUUGGUAACAUCCUACUUACGCAUACGAAAAACAUCGAUUUGGCGCGAUCUCAUUUGGAGCAAGCGUGGCGAUUGAGUCAGAAUAUAAAUACUUUUGAUGAUGUUAAAUUUGAAGCAGCAAGUGUGGUUGCAGAAUUGUACGAACAACAACAGCAAUCAAAUCUUAGUAAACCUAUAUUACGGAAAGCCAUAGAACUUUCACAACACAAUGUAUAUUGGCAUUGUAGACUUAUUUUCCAGCUUGCACAAAUACAUGCGUCCGAAAAAGAUUUUGUUGCAGCUAGUAGUUUACUUGCAGUAGGUGUUGAUUAUUCCCAUAUCAGCAAUGCAAGUUAUACAAGAGUUCUAUUCUUACUGAGCCGAUGUAUGCUUUUAUUGAUAGAUAAAAAAUUUACUGAAGUUCAUCCUCUUUUAAAUACAGCUGGGCAUCAUGUUGAAAAUUGGCAGGGUAGUCCACAUCAAAAAGAAUAUUUAAAAGUAUAUUUUUUGGUACUUCAAGUCUGUCAUUAUUUAAUGGCGGGACAAGUUAAAAGUGUGAAACCUUGUUUAAAACAAUUGCAACAAAGUAUACAGACUAUAAUGUCUCCCAGCUGGCCAGCAGACGAAGUAGUUACAGGUUCUAAUAUCGGAGAUAUGUUUAUAUGGAUGCCAAAGGAUCAUUUAUAUGUGUUGGUUUAUUUAGUAACAGUUAUGCAUUCAAUGCAAGCUGGUUAUAUGGACAAAGCUCAGAAAUAUACAGACAAAGCAUUAACUCAAAUUGAAAAACUCAAAAUUGUUGACAACAAGCCCAUACUUUCUGUUUUUCAAUUAAUGUUGUUGGAACAUAUAGUAAUGUGUCGAUUAGUGAUGGGAAAUAAAAGUGUAGCUCUUGCAGAAAUUUCUCAAGCCUGCCAGCUUUGUAGGAGGCAGCCAAGGUUACUUCAAGGUCAUAAACCACAAUUACAUGCUUUAUUGGGAUUAUAUGCAAUGUCAAUGAAUUGUAUGGAUGCUGCGGAAGCACAGUUCACAGCUGCUUUGAGAACAUCGCAAGAAAGGGAAUUGUGGACUUUCGCAAAUUUAAACUUGGCAAUAGUAUAUCUUAGGACAAAAAGAGAUGCAGAUUUAGGUGCUUUAUUGGAACGAAUAAAUCCUGAAUCUUUACCAUCUCAUUCGCAUUCUUUAAGAGCGGCGGCAUAUUAUGUUCAGGGUCUUCAAGCGUUUUUUGGAGCGAGAUACAACGAAGCAAAGAGAUACCUCCGAGAAACAUUGAAAAUGGCAAAUUCUGAGGAUUUAAACAGACUAACGUCGUGUAGUCUUGUACUUCUUGGACACAUAUUUCUUUCUUUGGGCAAUAGUAGAGAAUCUAUGAACAUGGUCACACCUGCGAUGCAGUUAGCUUCUAAGAUACCUGAUGUACAUGUACAAUUAUGGGCUACUGCUAUACUUAAAGAUUUAUACAGACUUUGUGGAGAUCCAAAUCGUGAAAGUGAAGCAUAUCAAAUGCAUUGUACGUUCUCACAAACGCUCUUGAAGGAUCAUUUUCAAAGUACACAGAUGGGUGAACAUACUCUUAUACAAUGGACUGAUGGACCUGUGCCUGCUUUGCCGAGUAAUCCACCACCUUCGACGUCACAAGCAAUUCUUUAAUAAUAUCCAAACAUUCGAUAGCUUGUAUGUUCGAAGUGUAUAAAAUAGUUGGCGGAGCAGUAUGUUAGAUUUGUAUAAUUUUGUUAUCAAAUUAUAGACUAAUUGAUAAAAUGUGAGGUAACGACAGAAAC